AUGUUUGUUGUUGGGCCGAUCCCGCGGGAAGGGAAGGCGCGCGGCGUGGCUUACAUCCCCUACAUCCCCAACAUCCCCUACGUCCCCUACAUCCCCUACAACCCCUACGUCCCCUACAUCCCCUACAACCCCUACAUCCCCUACGUCCCCUACAUCCCCUACAUCCCCUACAUCCUCUACAUCCCCUACAUCCACUACAUCACCUACAACCCCUACAACCCCUACAACACCUACAUCCCCUACAUCCCCUACAACCCCUACAUCACCUACAACCCCUACAUCCCCUACAUCCCCUACAACCCCUACAUCCCCUACAUCCUCUACAUCCCCUACAUCCCCUACAUCCUCUACAUCCCCUACAUCCCCUACAUCACCUACAACCCCUACAUCCCCUACAUCCCCUACAACCCCUACAACACCUACAACCCCUACAUCCCCUACAUCGUCUACAUCCCCUACAUCACCUACAACCCCAACAUCCCCUACAUCCCCUCAUCCCCUACAACCCCUACAUCCCCUACAUCACCUACAACCCCUACAUCCCCUACAUCCCCUACGUCCCCUACAUCCCCUACGACCUCUACAUCCCCUACGACCCCUACGACCCCUACAUCCCCUACAACCCCUACAUCCCCUACAACCCCUACAUCCCCUACAUCUCCUACAUCCCCUACAUCCCCUACAUCCCCUACAACCCCUACAUCCCCUACAUCUCCUACAACCCCUACAUCCCCUACAUCGCCUACAUCCCCUACAACCCCGACGUCCCCUACGUCCCCUACAACCCCUACAUCCCCUACGACACCUACAUCCCCAACAUCCCCUACAACCCCUACGUCCCCUACGUCCCCUACAUCCCCUACAUCCCCUACAACCCCUACAUCCCCUACAUCCCCUACACCCCCUACACCCCCUACGUCCCCUGCAACCCCUACGUCCCCUACAUCCCCUACAUCCCCUACAACCCCUACAUCCCCUACAUCCCCUACGUCCCCUACAUCCUCUACAUCCCCUACGACCUCUACAUCCCCUACGACCCCUACGUCCCCUACGUCCCCUACAACCCCUACAUCCCCUACGACCCCUACAACCCCUACAUCCCCUACAACCCCUACGUCCCCUACGUCCCCUACAACCCCUACAUCCCCUACGACCCCUACAUCCCCAACAUCCCCUACAACCCCUACGUCCCCUACGUCCCCUACAUCCCCUACAUCCCCUACAACCCCUACAUCCCCUACAUCCCCUACACCCCCUACGUCCCCUACAACCCCUACGUCCCCUACAUCCCCUACAUCCCCUACAUCCCCUACAACCCCUACAUCCCCUACAACCCCUACAUCCCCUACAUCUCCUACAUCCCCUACAACGCCUACAUCCCCUACAUCCCCUACACCCCCUACACCCCCUACAUCUCCUACAUCCCCUACAACCCCUACGUCCCUUACAUCCCCUACAACCCCUACAUCCCCUACAUCCCCAACAUCCCCUACGACCCCUACAUCCCCUACGUCCCCUACAUCCCCUACAUCCCCUACAUCCCCUACGUCCCCUACAUCCCCUACAUCCCCUCAGACCCCUACGACCCCUACGUCCCCUACGUCCCCUACAUCCCCUACAACCCCUACAUCCCCUACGACCCCUACGACCCCUACAUCCCCAACAUCCCCUACAACCCCUACAUCCCCUACAACCCCUACAACCCCUACAACCCCUACGUCCCCUACGUCCCCUACAUCCCCUACAUCCCCUACAACCCCUACGUCCCCUACGUCCCCUACAUCCCCUACAUCCCCUACGUCCCCUACGUCCCCUACAUCCCCUACAUCCCCUACAGCCCCUACAACCCCUACAUCCCCUACAACCCCUACAUCCCCUACAUCCCCUACAACCCCUACAUCCCCUACAUACAUCCCCUACAUCUCCUACAUCCCCUACAUCCUCUACAACCCCUACAUCCCCUACGACCCCUACGUCCCCUACAUCCCCUACAACCCCUACGUCCCCUACAACCCCUACAUCCCCUACAUCCCCUACAACCCCUACGUCCCCUACGUCCCCUACAUCCCCUACAUCCCCUACCUCCCCUACGUCCCCUACAUCCCCUACAUCCCCUACAUCCCCUACAACCCCUACAUCCCCUACGUCCCCUACAUCCCCUACAUCCCCUACAUCCCCUACAACCCCUACGUCCCCUACAUCCCCUACGUCCCCUACGUCCUCUACAACCCCUACAACCCCUACAUCCCCUACAACCCCUACGUCCCCUACAACCCUUACACCCCCUACAUCCCCUACAACCCCAUACAUCCCCUACAUCCCCUACAACCCCUACAACCCCAUACAUCCCCUCCCGUCAUGAGAUUGGACUGGGAGGGGCAUGGUGCACCGCACGACAACGGACUCUGCUGA